UGCAUAUGCCUGGUCGUUCAAAUAUCUACGCAACACGGAGGUCUUCACGUUGUUGCCAAGCAAGUGUCCGUGGUUUACGAAAGCGUGUACACAUAUUGUGUCCAGAACACUCUUGAAGAGUCAGGAACAAGAAUGUGGACAAGAAUGACAGUGGCGCUUUUGGCCUUGGUGGCAGGGUUACAUAUCUUAUUGACGGUGUUACAUGUUGCUAAUACACAGAAAGUGUCAACUCUGAAUGGCCCCCUUCUUGGACAACGUCUGUCAGUGUUUGACAAGUCCGUUGACGUAUUCUAUGGAAUCCCAUAUGCCAAGCCACCUGUAGGUGAUCUACGCUUCAAGCACCCUCAGCCUUCAGGGUCAUGGGGACCGGAAGUUAGGGAUGCACAAAAACAGACACCAUCCUGCUUCCAACUUGAAGACGCUGUUAGUACUGAUGAGAAACACAAACAGAUACCCAAUGAUUACAGUGAAGACUGCCUUCAUCUUUCAGUGUGGGCGCCAUCAGACAAUGGUGGCAAUCUGGCAGUGAUGGUCUGGAUCUAUGGUGGAGCUUUUUAUAGUGGAUCUACACGAGUACCACUAUAUGAAGGAAAAUUCCUUGCAGCAGAAAAUGACGUCAUCGUUGUUUCAAUGAAUUACAGAUUGGGGCCAUUAGGGUUCAGCUAUCUGGGCCCAGAUACCAUCCCUGGCAACAUGGGCUUGAUGGAUCAAAGAUUAGCCUUACAGUGGGUGAAAGACAAUAUUGUCAACUUUGGUGGAGAUCCAACACGCGUGACCUUAUUUGGAGAAAGUGCUGGUGCUGCAUGCGUGAGUCAUCACCUGGCGUCACCAUUGUCACGUGACUUGUUUGACAGAGCAAUCACACAGAGUGGGACUCUGAUUUGCCCAUGGGCUUACACUUUUCCCAACACAGCAAAACAGAGACUGGAGAGAUUUGCUGAUCUCCUUAAAUGUCCUUCAUCUUCAACUGAUACAGAGAUAUAUGAGUGCUUGAAGACAGCAGAUGCACAAACUAUGGCAGACGCUCAGGCAGGUUUGUUGACUGAAGGACCUGCAUUCAAUCCAGUUGUGGAUGGGUACUUCCUCCCCGAUGACCCCAAAACUCUUCUGUCCAGUGGUUCCAUCAAGCAAACCAGUGUCCUGCACGGCUUCAUGAGAAACGAAAUGACACUUAGCUCCGCAAUGACGUUGAAGAAGAUGAGAAAAGUAUCUACAUUGCCGGAAACAUGGAUUUUAAGUCGCACAGAAUAUACAAGACUUCUUAGUAUGGAUACUGGGCAUGAUGAGAGAAUCGACGAACCACUUCGUCUCUUUUUUGAGAGUCAGCAAACCCCCCUGAAAGAAAAAGACUAUUUUGAUGUCGUGACUCGCAUUACUUCAGAUAGGGAUUUCAAGUGUCCUCAUCAUGAGUUUGACAGAUUGCACUCUCCUGCCAACCCUACCUAUGUGUACAGUUUUAAUCACCGACUGUCAGUUAGUCCGUUUCCACAGUGGAUAGGUGCAACCCAUUCGUACGAGCUUGACUUUGUGUUUGGUUGGGUUCUGGAAAAGUCUCUGGGAUGUACAGAGGAGGAGAUGGAACUCAGCAGGACCAUCAUGACAUACUGGACCAACUUUGCCAAGUCGGGCGACCCUAACACUCCUGUCCCCGUCAAGGUGACCUGGCCAGCCUCUGACAACACUGAUCUCUCCUACAUGGCCCUUGACGUGGGCAGCAAAUUAGCAGCAGGACACGGGGUAGUCAAUCACGAAUGUGUCUUCAUCAACAAGCUUGUACCCAUGAUUAUAAAUGACCCACCGGGCGGGCAGGAGUAUUGCAUAAAAGGAUGACCGGACAGCAUCUUAAUAAUCUGACACCGAGUAAAAUAUAUGUAUCAUUAAAACUGACAAUUAUUAAAGUUGCUUUGAACUGUU